GUUUUAACCUUGGACAUAUUCGACCAAGUAAAUGUUCAAAGAAGAAGAAUAGGGUUAAUUCUAUCAUUUUAUUAGUAUUAAACUUUUCCGUUUUUAACUUAAGAAUUGCACCUGUUCAUUUCUUACUCAUUUAUUGCUGAUUACUAUUGAUGAGCCCUUAUCAGCACCAGAAGUCAGCAAAAUGCUUAAGGUUAUAAGAAGAGUUUGGAGCACUAAUAUUCCUCAGGUAUCCACGAUUAAAACCAGGGGUUGCUCAUGUUUACACGUUUAUAUGCGACAUAGUCCCACAAUUCAGAUUCUAAAACCCCGUGUUAUACAAAGUUUCAAAUGGAAAUCCACACAAAAGAAAAAAGAUACAGAGACUGAAAGUGAAUCAGAACAAAAUGAUGAGGAUUUUCUAGAAGCUUUCGAUAGAAAUACGAAGACAAUGAAAAUUAAUGUCCAAUCACCCAGGGUUGAUGCAAUUCUCAAAAGCGCAUUGGGAAUUGCUAGAAACAAAAUUGAAACAAUGUUUUAUGAAAGUAAAAUACGACUUAAUGGGGAAAAGGUACUGAAAAAAAGUGUUACUGUGCAAGAAGGUGAUGAAUUAGAUAUAAUUAAAGGUCCUGAUCCGAAAAAUGACCAGUUUCUUAUAGUGUCCAGGGUUGAAAUAUUAGGAAUAUCCCCCAGAGAAGAAGGACUAACUAUUAAAGUAAAAAGAUGUAAAUCCUUAACAGUGGAAAAUUAUUUAUAAUUGUUUAAUAUAUUCUUUAAGUUAAUGCUAAUGUUCUCUGAUGUGAACUUGCUCUUUAGUAAAAAGUUAAAUUGCAUUUAUUUAAAUGUUUAUUAUUCGAUUUUUAAAUCUAUGGAAUAAAUUAUGUGACAACUCCAGGGACUAAAUUCUAAAUAAAAGUUGAU